AUGAUCCUCUUCACGAGUCUCGUCUUUGCCCUACUCUCGAGCAGUAUGGUCCCUCUCAGCGUUCUCGCACAACAUCAAGUCGUACUCGAACAACCGGCCUCUAAACCUCCGCCAAGUCUCCCGGUUUCAAACGCAACAGAAUCGUUCUGGCUGAGGAGUCCUAGAGUUUUUCCCACCCCUGCACACGGCAGCGAAGGACCUCUGACCGUCGAUGCAGAUAUCUGUAUUAUUGGCUCAGGGAUCACUGGCGUAUCUGCGGCUUACCAUCUAGCCACACACUAUGCUAGUAAUAGUGCUCGAAAGGAUCCUAUCAAGACCGUUAUCUUGGAGGCCCGAGAAUUUUGUUCCGGUGCAACUGGACGUAAUGGCGGACAUCUUACGCCAUCUCCUUUCGAGGGGUUUAAUUGGCUCGCCAAGCUCUACGGCAAGACUGAAGCUGCUCGCGCUCUAGCUCUCGAGAAGUAUACUUCGGACAAGGUGUUCAGCAUCCUUAAAAAGGACAACAAGCUUGAGCACGUCGACUUCAUCCGAGGUGGUCGCGUGGUGUUGUUCUUUACUAUCCAGGAAUAUGAGGAGGCGCGAGCGGACUACGUCGCUGCCAAGUCUGCCGGCAUUGACAUGAGCGACGUGCAGUGGUUGACCUCAGAGGAGGCGCAAGACAGAUUUAAUACGUCGUAUCCCGCUGUGGUAAUUCCGGGCAAUAACCUUUGGCCGCUAAAACUUGUCAGCGUGCUUUACAAUCUCGCCGCAAAUGCAACAGACAACUUUUCUCUCUCGUUGCACACUCGCACUCCGGUCACCUCCGUCUCUGCUUCGGCCCUUACGUCUGGACGCCCCUGGAUCCUCAGUACGCCACGCGGACCGAUCUCCUGCUCAUAUGUCCUUCAUGCUACAAAUGCGUACGCUGCGCGACUCUUGCCUUGGCUGCACGGUCCCGAUGGCAUUGUGCCGACGCGCGGGCAGGUUAUUGCCGUCCGCGCGAACACGCCAAACGCUCUUGGCCGUACGGGCUUCGUCGGCAACGACGGCUUCGAGUAUUGGUUCCCGCGUCAAGCAUCCACUACCCACGCCGUCUUCGCAGACCAGGGGAGUGGCGGGCAGAAGGGUCAGCUCAUCAUCCUUGGCGGCGGGCGCGAGGCAACGAAAGACAGCGGUUACGAGUUUUACGAGACCGACGACUCGGUAGUCAAUCCAGAGGUUGGACGUGUGCUGCGUGCGUUCCUGCCGCGAGUUUUCCCCGGAAAAUUUGAUGAGGGCGUCGAGCCCGAAAUGGAGUGGACCGGUGUGAUGGGCUACACGAAAUCUCAUGAACCUUUUGUUGGACCAGUCGUCGACCGAUAUGGUACAAGCUCUUUAGGUACGUACAAGGGUCAGUAUAUCGCUGCGGGCUAUACCGGCCACGGCAUGCCGCGCGCCUUCGCCUGUGCGGAGGCCGUUGCGGGUAUGAUUGCGGCCGAUAUAGUCGGCGAGCGGUGGGUGCCGCCAGAGUGGUUCCCGAUGCAUUAUUUCACGGGCAAGGAUAUGUAG